AUGGACAACAAAAAGGCGGAGGACAGUACUGACAAUUCCAACAGAGACAAAAAACGAUCGGCUGAGGGGGCGUUGCAAGAUCUUCCAGACACGAAAAAGGUCAAGCCACACGAAGCAGACUCCCUCCAGAACAAACUAGACUACAUUGAAGCGAACAAGGGCGGCAUUCCCUCUCUGCACUUCGCAGCCAAGGUGUUGGAUGUUGACGUUUGUCGCCACCUGGUGGAUAAGGGCGCCAAUGUCAAAGAAAAAUGCACCAUUUCUGGCGCCACUCCCCUACACUACGCUGCCUUGAAUGCAGCCAACGGAGAGAGUCUCAUCGAGUUCUUCCUUGAAAGGGGAAAUCACCUUGAUGGGCCCGAAGAUUGCGAUGUAGCAUCGAUCCUCUUUGUCCUUAAUGCCGGAAAUAUAGAGCUUGCAAGCAGGAUGCACGUUCUCUCAGAAAAAUAUCAAGACCAGCGCGAAAGAACGAGUUUGCUGCACUUUUGUCUGAAGGAGAAUAUCUUGAAGUUUGCGAAACUUGUCUACAAUAACGACGAAAGGCUGCUCAAGGAUCCUGAUUAUGAUCUUGACAUCCUUCGCACAGCUUGCAGGUCUGGAGAUCUUGAGAUGAUCAAGUGGCUUCUGGAAGAGAUCAAAAUUGACGUCGACAAGUUUUCGGAAGACAAUUUGGAAAACCAAGUGCGGAACUCUGCAAUUACGAACUGCAAACAUGGCAGCAAAAUCCUUCCAUACCUGUUCUCGAGGAUCCAGCAAUUCACAGAUGAUCAACAAAGAUAUGCUCUUAAAUUCGCAUUUUUCACAGUUUUGGGACAUUGUCCUUUCUACGAAGAAGAGGCGGAAGAGUUGUUUAAGAUCAUUUCCGAUACGAAGGUGGAAAUGUGGAGAAGAAAUGCGCUGCAACAUUGUGUCUCGCGCAACAAUCUAGACGCUGCGAAAUUCGUGCACGGAAAGGACAGGAAUCUCAUCAACGUGGUCGACGGGUCCGGAAUGACAAUUCUCCACCUCGCAGCACGAUUUGCAGACGUCGAUGUGUGCCAGUGGCUGGUGGAUCAGGGCCAAGACCUCAACGCUCGAAAUAAUUCUACUUUUGACAAUAUUGCCCAUUUUGCUGCCGAGAACCAGAUUUUUGGAAGAUCAAUCAUUGAAAAAUUUGGAAAGAAACUCGGUACACUCAUCGAACAAGUUAACAAAAGCGGAUACACUCCUCUUCAAUGGGCCCUGAUAGAAGAAAACGUCAAGGCCGCAAAAGCUUUGCUGGAAGUGGGCGCCCGACCGAAGACUAACGGCAUCAACAUGCUCCACUUUUGCGUCAUGAACAACAAGCUGAAGAGCGCCAAAUUCGUGCACGCCAGGAACGAAAAUCUGAUUAAGGAGAAGGGAGAGGGAGGAAAAACCACCCUUCACCUUGCAGUCGAAUAUGCCAACAAAACGUUUUGGGGAUGGCUUGUUAGUAAGGGGGCUGAUCCCCUAGAGACGACCGCGGGAGGAAAAUCUGUUCAAGAAACCAUUGACAACGUGGGGGCGCAGCAGUUUUUAUCCUAUUUCGUCCUCAGCAAAAGAAAUAUUUUCUAA